GAUGUCCUUUUUCCAGUAGUACACUCGUCUCACACGGAACAUUGUCGCCGCCAGUCGGUAAAGCACCGGAGCAGAAAUGUCCUCGCUCUCCACGGAACCUCGCCGUGUUUGCGUUUUAAUGAAUUAGAAAGUGAAGCCGUCAAAGCGAGUAUGUUCGAUCCGUUAUUUGACUACUGAGAGAAAAUUAAUUCGGUUAAGGAGUUGGAACACCUGACAGCCAGUGCGUGGGAAUGGCAGCACCGCGGCCGAUAAAAGGCAUCCUGAAAAACAAGAACAACGCCGCUGAUGUCAAACCUUUAGCGGAGGACUUUCUGAGCGAUAAACCCGAAGAAAGUGCGGGACUUUCGGAUGAAGACCAGCAGAAGAAGUCCCAGAAGUGGGACGAGAUGAAUAUCCUGGCUACGUACCAUCCGGCAGACAAGGAUUACGGCCUGAUGAAGAUAGAUGAGCCCAGCACACCUUACAACAGGAUGGUUGGGGACGACGAGGACGAGGGGGCACUGAGCGACGCGGAGGGUCAGGGGGCGCUCCACGCUGAUGACCUGACAUCCAAGCUCAAAGCAGCAGAGUGUUCAGAACCUCGAUUUAUGAAGGAGGACGAGGACGAGGAAGAGGAGAGCAGCGAGGAGGAGGAGGAGGAGCUGACCCCCGAGGAGCAAGCCAAAAAGAAACAUUUUCAGAUGAUGAGGAAAAAGCACUACAACGAGGGCCUCAACAUCAAACUGGCCCGGCAGCUCAUCGCCAGUGAGCUGGAGGAUGACGAGGAUGAGGACGAGGAGAUGAGGGACGAGACUGAGGAGGCCGAGGACAUCAACGUGGAUCCUCCACAGGAAGGUGAGUUGCUGAUUCUCUGGACUCCUAGACGAAGCGCCCCCUCCCCACUCUCCAGUACGUGUGUGUGUGCGCGUCGCCAUGCCGACCAGACGUCACAGCGCUGUGUGUUCUCAACGCCGGGCCAAGCACAAGACACCGCUUCGCCCAUUUCACUCCUCUGAACAAGCCAGUAGCCUCCAUUCUUCUGUCUCCACUCGAACAACACCCCCCCGACCCCUGACCCCUCCCACUGGACUCGGCCGCACUGACGACAUUCUGACUCUGAAAGGAAGUUGAAGGCCUUUGAGGAACAUAGCCGGGAUUGGCUGAACUGGCUGAACGGUCCCCCGGUGGGCCGUCCAGCUAGAAGGUCAGCCCUGCAGCCUGGCCAAUGGCGUCUCGGGCAGCAGCGCCGGCUACACUUUGGAUGGAUUGUAUUUUAAUCCGUGACCUACUUAUCUGCUUUCUUUUAAUAUUAUAUCAGGAUAUCCUUGACCCUUUUCAUUUAAAACAUGCACUUGUGUACUUACACUGAAAUAUGUACACCAUGUACACUGCGUACUUUGUUCCUGAGUGAAUUUCGACAGCGUAUUGCUGUCCCGGAUUGAUAACCGGAAACGACAAUUGCUUCUUGUCUCCUUUUUAAGUGUGAAUUGCAAACACUGCUGAUGUUGAGGGCAACAUCCGGGUACUUCAGCUUGGGCCUUCACACUGAGAAGUACCUGGAUGUUGGACCCUCACCACCUUCCAUCGUCACCCUCUUGAGCUACAUAGCAAAAGGGGAGGGAUAAACUUGAAUGAAUCUACGAUUUAAGAAGGAGAUAAGAUGAAGGUGAAGUCGAUGAAUAUUGUCUUUCUUCCAACAGUCAUGGACUUUAGGACAGGACCACACAAAAAAUAACACGCCAUACAUAGCGUACUGAUGGAGGUAUUCCAUUUGAGACACACCCGUGAUUUUCAGCCUCACUUCUAAUUUGUUGCUACAUGCAAUGUCGACUUUAUGAUGGAUUCCUGUAAAGUUAGCAUUUUAAACAGAGUGAAACAAGAAAAAAAAGUGUUGCGUAUUGCUUUUUUAUGUUUCCUUGUGAGUGUUGAGCAUAUUGUGCAAAUACAAAACCUGAUUUAUGCUAACUGGGCUAGUGCAGUUUGUUCUUGGGAUUCUGCUCCACCCCUGAUGAACACAAACAAUAUAUGUUUUCUUUGAAAACAAAAGUACAUCAUCAUCACCUCUGUUUUUCCCCCUCCACCAUUCUCUGUUUUACACCACUUAUUUUCAAAUGAUCUUAUUUGCACUUAUUUGCAUGUUCAUCACCGCAACAUUGUGUGCAGUUUUUGUUUGUUUUUCUCCCCCAAUUAAAAAAAAAAGUUGU